AUGGAAAAUUUUUCUCAAAUGGUCGCCAGAGAUCAAGGGAGAAGAAGCUCAAGACGCUCGACUAGAUACCUAGGAGUUAGAAGGAGGCAAUGGGGAAGAUACGCAGCUGAGAUAAGGAAUCCAUACACAAAAGAAAGACAUUGGUUAGGCACAUUUGACACUGCUGAAGAAGCUGCUGUGGCUUAUGAUCUUGCGUCCAUUUCUUUCAGUGGCAUUCAAAAAGCCCGCACCAAUUUCGUUUACCCUUUUUUGGCUUUGCCAACACCAUCGCCGCCGUCACCGCCUCCGCCUCCACCACCAACUCCUGAUUUGGAAGAAGUUGAUCAAAGCUGCGCGGAAGUAAGCAGUUUCGAAGAUGAUGAUGAUGAUGAGUCUCUUUUCAUUGCUUCUGUCUUGGAGUCCUUCCGCCAAUCCAGCUUUGAUGGCAUACAAAAGGAUUGA